AAAGCUGGUGCCUUCCUCCUUCCCUCCCCCCUCUCUUCCUCCCCCUCCCCCCUCUCUCUCACACACACAGACACACACACAGACACACACACACUUUCUCUCUCUCUUUUGAAGUAGCAUCCUGACCAGUUAGGAGUUAGAAAGCUCUUUUAUUUUCUUGACUCUGGGGCUACAUAAGCUCUUGAUUUAUGUCAGGAAGGAGAUGCCAGCCCAUGACAUGGACUGUGAUGUCUCUUCUCUAGUUGCCUGUGUAGUGGAUAUAGAGGUAUUUACCAACCAAGAUGUUAAGGAGAAAUUUGAGAGCUUGUUCCGUGCUUAUGAUGACUGUGUGACAUUUCAACUGUUUAAAAGUUUUCGACGCAUAAAAAUUGACUUCAAUAACCCCAAAUCAGCUGCUAAUGCUAGAACAGAACUUCACGAAACACAGUUCCAAGGGAAGGAACUAAAACUUUACUUUGCAAAG